AUUAAACGCCUGGGCGGCUUUUUGAUAAGAGAUACUUGAGAUAUGAGACGUUAUUUAAAGGAACUGUGAGAGCUACCAUAGACAUCCAUCCUACCAGGGAAGACAGAGUCUGCGUAAAGAUGUGGAAGACAUGUGUGACUUUGGCACUCCUCAUAUGUAUCCGAGUUCAUGCACAUGGCCCUAUGCAUCCUCGUAUUGGGGGUGGUGUUAAUGCCCCCAGUAACGCGUGGCCGUGGAUGGUCAGUUUGCACAACCUCACCUACCAUUUUUGUGGAGGUUCCCUCAUCAGCCGUAAAUGGGUGCUGUCAGCAGCUCAUUGCUUCUUUGGGCCUACUGUUACUGCGCACAACAUACGUGUGUACUUGGGAAAGUGGACACAGCGUGAACGAAAUAAUAAUGAAGUCAUGACCACUGUAGAACAAAUUUACAUUCACAACUUGUACAGUACAACCACUGACGAUAGAGACAAUGACAUUGCUCUGCUGCUCUUGUCUUCUCUGGUCACAUAUAAUGCUUAUAUUCGUCCAGUGUGUCUGAUUGCCAGUGGCAGUGAUUUCCCUCCUGGCACCAACAGUUCGAUCAUAGGCUGGGGAAGAACUUUACUUGGAGAACGCCUACCUUAUCCUGGGACUCUGCAGCAGGCUGUAGUUCCUGUGGUGAACCAUACUCAGUGCUAUAACCAGCUGACCACACUAAUUAUUAAAUAUAACUCGAGGAGAAUGCGCAAUAAUUUGCAACAAACAUACAAACGAGUCACCAAUAAUAUGAUUUGUGCUGGCAUUCCUUGUGGUGGCGUAGACACAAACAUGGGGGACUCUGGAGGUCCACUGAUGAGUUGGCAUAAUUCAUCAUGGGUUCAGCAUGGUAUCACCAGCUGGGGUUUCGGCUGUGGUCUACCCAAUAUACCCAGUGUGUAUACCCGUGUCUCACAAUAUCAGCAAUGGAUUACAAACAUUAUAAGUAACCAUCCAAGCAGGGAGCUUCCACAAUUCAUCAGCCUGCAACCAGGGUAUACGGGGGUGUCCGGCCUUCUGAGGUGUAUUGUAGCUCUGAAGAUUCUUCAAAAAUGACCUUACAUGUCAGUCACACAAUAAAGUCCCUUUAAUUUCCAGUGAAGAUUGCUUUUAAAGCUCAUGUGAUGCCAGUUUCACUGCAAACUUCUUAUCACAGAGCUGCUCCAAACCGCAAUGUUUAAGAGCACUUGUCUGUUUUUCUCUCAUCUGUUCUGAACCUUGCCGCCUUUUUGCAUAUUUGCCAAUAUCCUCAAUCAUACUCUAGAUCUUCCACAUAAAUGUUUGUCUAUACUUAAAAUGACUAAUAGUUUGAA